AUGAGCACAAGGACCCCACGCCGCCACAGCGGCGGGAUCGCCCCGUCCGGCCGCGGCCAUCAGCGGCGCGCAGCGGGCGGGCCUUGCGGUGCCGGUGCGCGCUUCUCAUUGGUUUUCGUGACUGUCCGUCAAGCCGGCGGAGCCCUUCCAUUGGUCAUUGCGUUCCGGGCGGGCUCUCCCUCGCGUCAGCGCCGAGCGGCACCACUCCGCGGCAGCGCCGGGGGAGGGCGGCGCGCCGCUCAUUGGUCCGCGCCGCUGCCCAUCAUCGGCGUUCCACGCGGCCAUUGGCGGCGGCGGCCGCCGGGGGCGGGGUCCCUCUCCCCGCCGCGGCAGCAGCGGCAGCAGCAGGAGGAACCCGGGCGGCGCUCGGCGCUGCGAUCGGCGCCCCGCGUGUGUGAGGAGAGGAGCCGCCCGCCGGGCGCCGCGGCCCGGGAGGGAGCAGGGAAGGGGCCGGGAAAGGAGCGCUCCGGCCCGGUGAGGAGCCCGCGGGGCCGCCGGAGAAGGCGCUGCCGCGGGCGGGGGUCGCGGUGCGCUGUAGGAGGGAGCGAGGGCGGGGGGCCGCGGCCGCAGUGCGCAGAGCGGGGGCAGCGCUGA